AUGAUUAGAUUGUGUCAGAGGCAGUGGCUCAGGCAGCUGAUUUCUCUUUUGCUUUCCAGUAAGAUGCUUGAGGAGGAGUCCACAUUAUAUCUCCAAAAAGCCCUGAGUCACCUUCGGGAAAUAUGGGAAUUAAUUGGGAUUCCUAAGGACCAGCAGUUACAAAGAAUUCAGGAUGUACAUACACAUAUCAAGGACCUACUGGAUAAAAUGAUUGCUGAAGAGGAAAGUCUGAAAGAAAGGCUCAUUAAAAGCAUAGGCGACUAUCAAAAAGAGUUGGCUGUCUUGUGCAGCGAGUUGCGUGUUGAGCCAUUUCAGCAGGAAGGAGAGCCAAUGACCAUCUUUCAGCAAGAACUAGACUUGCGCACUAAGGUGGAGCUGAGGCGCAAACAGAAAGAAGAGAGGAAACGUGAAUUGAAACUACUUAUGGAACAAGAUCAAGAACUGUGUGAAGUGCUUGGCAUGCCACAGUAUGACAUUGACAGCGACUCCGUUCCCAGCCUGGAAGAGCUAAACCAGUUCAGACAACAUUUGGAAACUUUGAGGGAAACAAAGGCAUCUCGGCGUGAGGAGUUUGUCAACAUAAAAAGACAGAUCAUACUCUGUAUGGAAGAAUUAGAUCACACACCGGAUACAAGCUUUGAAAGAGAUGUGGUGUGUGAAGAUGAAGAUGCCUUUUGUUUGUCUUUGGAAAAUAUUGCAGCACUACACAAGUUACUACAGCAGCUGGAAGUGCGUAAAUCACAAAACGAGGAAAUGUGUGAGGGGCUGCGUGCUCAGAUCCGGAAGCUCUGGGACAGACUGCAAAUACCAGACGAAGAGAGAGAAGCUGUUGUGGCCAUGGUUAUGAUUGGGUCGAAGGCCGAAGUUCAGAAAGCGUUGCAAUUAGAAGUGGAUCGCUUGGAGGAACUGAAAAUGCAAAACAUAAAGAAAUUGAUUGAGGCGACACGAGUGGAGCUGGCUAAGUGCUGGGACCAGUGUUUGUACAGCCAGAAGCAGAGACAAGCUUUUGCUGCUUACUGGGAUGAGAACUACACAGCAAGUCUGCUCCAGGUCCAUGAUGAUGAGGUUUUGCGGUUAAAAAACUACUAUGAGGUUCGCAAAGAACUCUUUGAAGGCGUGCAGAAGUGGGAAGAAACUUGGAGGCUUUUCUUGGAGUUUGAGAGAAAAGCUUCAGGUCCAAGUAGAUUUACAAAUCGUGGAGCAAAUCUUCUAAAAGAGGAAAAGCAGCGAGCCAGGCUCCAAAAAACACUUUCUAAGGUGGAAGAGGAAUUGAAGGCCCAGAUUGAAAUGUGGGAACAGAAACACACAACAGUGUUUUUGAUCAAUGGGCAGAAAUUCACGGAGUAUGUGACUGAACAGUGGGAGAUGCAUCGGUUAGAGAAAGAGCAAGCCAAGCAGGAAAGGCAACUGAAGAAUAAGGAGCAGACAGAGACAGACAUGCUGCAUGGCAGUACUUCCAGACCACCCAAGAAGCAGUGAGGAAUGAUUCACACCACCCACACCACCCCGGGCAAAGUGCGCAAGGACUACUUUGUAAUCACCAAUUUCUGCUUCUUCAUCCCUUCAUCUUUCACCCAGCCUUCCAACCCUCUGUAA